AUGAUACCACCAAAGGAAUACAAUAAUCUUCCAGUAACCAUCCCCAAAGAAAUGGAGAUCUGCAAUUUGCCUGAUAAAGAAUUCAAAAUAUUUGUUCUUAGGAAGUUUGAAUAUAAAUCUAGGUUUGAGAACCAGAAGGUAUCUCUGAAAAAGGAUAACUAUGAAAUAGAUUCAUCCCAAUGGGUUAUAAUGGAAGGGUUUACAAAGCAUGGACUUAAACAGGGAUCUCAGGAAAGACAUUUUAGCCAAGUGUCAUGUACCUCUGAAGACAUUGCCACUUUCUUUCAGCAUACAUCUCUUUCUCUACAUAAAACAUUUAAUACUAAAGAGAAAUUUUAUGAAUGCAGAAAACAUAAAAAUACCUAUGGACAAGACUCAGAACUUACUACAAAUCAAGAAAGUCAUACUGACAAAAAAUUCUAUGAUUAUAAAGAAUACAAGAAGUCCCUUAGUAGCACUUCAGAACUUAGUUUAUAUUACACAGUGCCUAUCAGUAUGAGACCCUAUGAAUGUGAAGAAUGUAGAAAGUCUUUGAAUAGUGGCCCAGACUUUAUACAACAUCAGAUAAUUUUAACUAGGGAGAAAUAUAAUAAAUUUAAGGAAAGUCAGAAGGCCUUUACUAAUGCCUCACGUUUUUUUCUACAUCAGAACAUUCAUACAAGCGAGAAGUCCUUUAAAGCAAUGUUUCUGCCUUUAUUCGGCAUCAGAGGAUUUAUACUGGUGAGAAACCCAACAAAUGUAAGGGAUGUGGAAGAGCCUGUAGUACUGUCUCAAUACUUACAGCACAUCAAAGAAUUCAUUCAGGUGAGAAACCCUAUGUUUGUAAGGAAUGUGGGAAGGCCUUCACGUCAGUCUUCAGAACUUACUCAACAUCAGAGGAUUCAUACUGCUGAGAAACCCUACAGAUGUAAGGAAUGUGGAAGGGUCUUUUGUUGUUCAUCAGAGCUUUCUCGACAUAAGUUAAUUCAUGCUGAUGAAAAGUUGUAUGAAUGUAAGGAAUGUGGAAAGACCCUAAGUAGAGAUUCAGUACUUACACAACAUCAGAAAAUUCACACUGGUGAGAAAGGCUGGGAAUGUAAUGAAUGUGGGAAAGUUUUAAAUUGUGUAAUAUACCUGACUUGGCAUCAGUGA